CUACAAUUUACAACUACAGUUGUAAACUGUAGAUACUGGCAUCAAGAACACUACUUCAAUAGUCAACGAUUCAGCUACAAGAUAGCACAAAUAAAAAGAAAUUGUUGUCAAGAACAGCUGUUAUUCUCCUACGUCAAGGGUGGUGACUUUCCAGAUCGCAGAUCGCGCCAAAACCUGGCCCCGCUCGCUGUCAACCUCAAUCGACCGAAGCUACCACAUCCAACAGCAUCACAGUCACAUCCAAACCGCCAUUGAACCAUCACAAAGCACCCAUCCGCAUAGCACCCGUCGCACCACCUCCCCGGCAAGCACCCUUUCCAGUCCCGCUGUGCUACACAGAUCGCGCAGAUCGGUUCCCGACUUUCAACCACAGUGUCCCCACCACCAACCAGACGUCGAGACGACGACUUGGCUGAUUACCCAGACCCUAACGCUCGGGAACACGGAACCGAGAGGCUUUAUUGCGCGGGUAGAUAGCUGGCAACGGACCCAGCUGUGUUUGUCCCAGCGGAGUUCAGUAUUACAAGUGGCUGGCUUCGCGCAGAUUCCCGACUAUCGCAUCUGCGACUGCUGCGACAUCUUGGGCAAACUUUCGGGCCGAGUUUCUGAGAGACUGCUAUCAAGUCGUUGUCCUCGACCUCAACACAUAAGGGAAUAUGGAGGCCUCGGCGCAACCAGUAGCGGAUGCGGGCACGGCGCCGGAGAUUCGCAAACAGAAGAAGAAGAAGGUUCUGUUGAUGGGAAAGAGUGGGUCGGGGAAGAGUUCUAUGAGAAGUAUCAUCUUCAGUAACUACGUCGCGAGGGAUACGAGGCGGUUGGGGGCUACGAUUGAUGUCGAUUUGAGCCAUGUCAAGUUUCUGGGGAAUUUGACAUUGAAUCUGUGGGAUUGCGGAGGUCAAGAUGCGUUCAUGGAGAACUAUCUAUCUCAACAGCGUUCGCAUGUCUUUUCAAACGUCGGCGUUCUAAUAUAUGUCUUUGACAUCGAAUCUCGCGACUUCGAUCGAGACCUCCUAACCUACCGCUCUAUCAUCUCCGCCCUGUCGCAAUUCUCACCUACCUCCUCCGUCUAUAUCCUCAUUCACAAAAUGGAUCUUGUGGCGCCCGCUCAGCGCGAGGCAUCAUAUAACGACCGUAUCGCGGCUAUCAGGACGAAGUCGGACGUUUUCGAUCCUGUCCCCUUCGCGACGUCUAUCUGGGACCAGUCGCUGUAUAAAGCGUGGGCUGAGAUUAUACACGAUUUGGUGCCAAACCUCUCCUCUAUCGAGCGGCAUCUCGCAACACUCGGCACACUUAUCGAAGCCGAAGAAGUGCUCUUGUUCGAGCGCUCAUCUUUCCUCGUAGUUUCCCACUGGUGCUCCACAAUCGGAUCAUCGAACCCGACCACCGAUCGCUUCGAGCGGCUCUCUAACAUCAUUAAGAACUUCAAGCAGUCGACGUCCCGGUAUACGGGCACACCGAAGUCAGCAGAGCAGUUUGUUCUGCUGGAGCUGAAGCUGAGUCGCUUCUGUAUGUUUGUUGUCAAGUUCUCUACAAAUACGUACCUGGCGGUUGUGCUGCCUCCAGGGGAGGAGCGGUUUAAUGCAGCGUUGGAGAAUGCUAUGCAGGCUAGGAAAGAGUUUGAGAGUCUAGAUAGUCCCGCGAGGAGAGGUCCGGAUCGUGGGGUUAGUGGCCCAAGCGAAUGAAUACCUUUUCCUUUUUGAAUGUCCUGGAUGGAUUUGAGGGGUGGAAAGCGGAUACUAUAUGAUUGAUACCCGGGAGUUUGAAAAUCUGAUCGCUUCGCUCACAGUCGGAGGAAGCGAGUGUCCCCCGUAAGCAAGUGUCCCCUCUCAAAAUCCACCACAUACCAACCACCAACCGCCUACCACCUACCACCCACCACUCCACUACGAAUAAUGUCUGAUCAGAAAGCUGCUCUACGUGAGGCAAAAGAAUGGCUCCUUCAAAACCAAAUGAAACAGCUCCAGCUCCAGUUAUGAUCUUCAAAGUGCAUCCUAACACCUUGCGACGAUCAAUUACUCGGAAAAGCACAAUUCGUCAUGGUGGACAGAACAAGCUCCUAUUAAACACUCAACUCUCAACUAUUUCACAAUGGAUUCUUCAACAAUAUCAAAACGGAACAGGAGCUACAAGGCAGAUAGUAUUUGCUACUGUUUGUCACCUAUAGAACCCAUUACCACCUCCUUCUAAAAGUUGGAUGACAAAAUUCCUUAAGCAUGAGCUUGUUAAGUUAGAAAGAUAAGUUUACUCCAUUGUCAAGUAGCCCAUCAAAACAGCAAUUUCAUACUUCAUUGCAAGGGAUAGAGGGAGUAUUAGCAGAUGCUCAAAUAUGAGAGUUUGAUUAUUCUAUGCUAUAAGGACAAGUUCAAGGGAGUUAAGAUGCCUACUUAUCUUGCCCUGAGAGGGGACACUUGCUUACCAGGGACACAGCGGCGUUCAUAAACCCG